AUGGCCCCUUAUAAAUUACUCCUGUUAAUAAUUUUUGGUAUAUUCAGAGUUAGAAGUCAACAAUGUGAUUUAACUGCUUCUUUGCAAUGCAUGGCGUCUUUCUCGUCGAUUCCAAAAUUCCAAAUAUCUGCAUACACAGAUGAGUUCAAAGGAAGUCCUAAAACUCUUGUGCAAGAGAUGUGCUUAAAACUCAAAGAACUCUAUGACUGUGUUGGGGACAAGUUAUUAGGGUGUGCUCCACAGUAUCGGCUCAUUUACGAAACCGCAGUGUCGUCCGGAAGAUUUGUUUGUGGGAUUGGAAAACAAGGGUUCAUAGACCACUUUAGAUGUCUGACUACACAAACUAUGAAAAAUAAUUCGUUCAGAUGUGGUGGAAGAAUAAUAAGUGUUAUUAGAGAAAUAUUCUCAAAUCCAACUUCAGUGCUAACAGACCUGGCAUCUAAAGCAGAUGAACUUUGCAUUAACUCCAAUGACACUCUGAAGUGUGUCGUAAAGUCUACAUCCGGUCAAUGUGGUACUGGUGCAGCAUCCUAUGUCCAGCAGUAUAUGGACGCGUCUGUUUCCCCUUUGAGAUCCUUCUUUUCCUGUGUUGGUGAAGUUAAAGAACCCUAUAAGACUUCAUUUGUAAAUGUUGAACCAAAGCAAAACACUGAAUACCCAUCCAUACCACAGACAGAGAAGAUUUUUGGGUCUGAAACCCGGUUAAUAACGUCAAAACCAACACAAAAUGCAGUCACAAACCAGAUUUCAUUAACUGAACAAGAUUCGUUAAAUACUAUGCCCAAACCAAACCAAGCUCUGUUUUCCAGAAGGGAAUCAAUUCGCGGUAAGGUUUUAACAGAAUCAAAAAAUGUACUGGAAACGGUAUUACCUGAACAGGAACAAAGGGUUGAGCCAAAACCGUCGAUACCUGAACAGGAACCAACAAGUGAACCAGAACCGGUGUUUCCUGAACAGGAACCAACAAGUAAACCAGAACCGGUGAUAUCUGAACAGGAACCAACAAGUGAACCAGAACCGAUGAUACCUAAAAAGGAACUAAUAGGUGAACCAGAACCGGUGAUACCUGAAAAGGAACCAACAAGUGAACCAGAACUGACGAUACCUGAAGAGAAACCAAUGAGUGAACCAGAACCAGCGAUACCUGAACAGGAACUAACAGGUGAACCAGAACCGGCAAUUCCUGAACAGGAACCAACAAGUGAACCAGUAGCUGAGAAAACUAAAACAGUGAACUCUAAAGUAAUUUUGAAAGUUGGGAAGCAACAGGAUGUUGAUACAACAAAUCAGAACUCAGUUGAACCAUCUAAACGUGGAACUGAACGUAUAUCAUCUCCGAAAGCAGUUAAUGGGUUGAUUGACCAUAAAAAACGGAAUAUAUCUUCUGUUAGAAUUAAAGAACCUGAAAAUGUGUUACAAACGAAACAGCCUGCAACAAAGCCAGACUCUGUAACACCUUUCUUCACCAAAAAGCAACGAAAUAUGGUGUUCCCUGAUUCUAUAAGCAAAACAGAAACCUCUCCAAAGGAAAGAGUUUCAAACAACGGUCAAAAAGACCAAUCGACUAUUAAUGAAUCUGUUCCCAAAAUAUUACGUGUUCGCGUGCCAAUUCGUUUUCAGAGACUUUCUUCUACUACCACAACAACUACAAUAGCUCCUCUCGUGACAGCCACCGUAUCACAAACUUGCAAAAAAUUCUGCUUCCGGUUCAGGGAUUCUAGUCUUUUUACUUCGAUACAGAAACAGCGAUAUGACCUUUUAUGUGAUAGAACUUGCAGUGCUGGGAGUUGCCAAACAAGUGUAUGUACAAUGAACUGUGGUUGUCCCAGAAAGUUGGUUUGUACGUAUACAGGACAAAGGAGGCGAUGGGCAGGGGACGGCUGGUGUAAUAACCUGUGCAGACAACGAUCACCAUUGUGUCGACAAACUCAAUGCAGAUGUCAAUAUGCUUAAAUGUAAAUCUUGUUGUUUAUUAUCAAGGAAUUCCACUUUGU